GUCGUAUUGGAGGUUGAGUGCAUAGAUUGGAAAACAAACUUUAAAAUAACUAGACUGGCCAACAUAUCUACAAAUAUCUGAGACUUUGUGCGGAGAAGUAUAUUACAUAGUGUUUUCUUCUUUAUGUAUUUUGAAUGUUGUUGUAUAUGGGCUCUAAGAUUUCAUCAAAUAAGCGUGUCAUACACAUGCACCUAGACCAAUAAUAUCACACAUUGUUAACUUGGGAUAUUUUUGAGUAUUUUACCCUUACUAGAUCUGUAGAAUGUUAGAAAUAGACGACUAAGGACCGUCAGUGGGUCGCUUUCGAAUCAAAUUGGAUCAUAAGUAGAUGGGUAUUCUUGUUUUUUAGAUCUUAAACAUCUUAUCAGAUUAAAGGUAUUGCGAAACAAAUUGUACUCACCUUUUUCAUUUCCAUACUUCAUUUUUACCUCCCGUGAUGUUGAACAGCAUAGCGGCUUACGUGUUUACUUCAUUAAUUCAGGUAUAAUUUCCUGUUUUUGUCACACCAAAGUUCCUUUAUGUAUAUUUGUGGGGUAUAUCACGAGAGGUGUUAUCCUGUUUUGCAUAUACUCUUCCUUUCCCUCUAGAUUGAUCGGUAAAAUCAUGCAGUUAUUUAAGUUUAUACUCAGGAAGGAUACUCCAUUACAAAUUGCCUAUCGAUAUCGAAGUUAUGGUAUCAAAUUAAAAAGUUUUGAUCCACCUUAUUUGUCUGUCAAACCACCUAUGCAUGUUUAUCAAAGUGUGCAGUUUGACAUAAGAGGGCAUGACUACGUGCAGCUAGAGAGAUUCACUUCAUACGUUCACAAGUUUUUCAUCAAUUGUGGUUAUGAAGUUGAAAAUUUUCCUCUGCCUCCCAGCAAGAAGCUCUACCGACUAUAUCAUACUAAUUCGACAAAUAUCCGGUCAGAUUUCGAAAUAUCUGAAUUUCGAAGAAUAUAUAGAGUAUCACUAUUUAUUCCUUUUUACUUUUCUUGUGAUUUCCUCAGAUAUCGGGUGUGAAAGCUGUUCACUUACCAAUAUUAUUAGACCUGAUCUACCAGAAUUUAUCUUCAGGGAUUAAAAUUCAUAUUGGAAAGACAGACGAUUCCUUAGAUGAAGAUCGUUUCGUUCCACAACUCGAAAAGGAAGCCUUGGAAAAUGAACUAUCGAAACUCAAAUUUUAAAAAUUUCCUAAUUUUUGGCAUUUUGUACACAAAUUCAACUAGUUCUUAAUCACUGACAUUUCUGUUUAUUGUUCCAUUCGAUUGAACUCUUAAGAUAAAUAAAAAGCGUCUAUAUCAGGAAUUCGAUUGUAGUGGACAUUUUCUGUACAAAUAAGGCUUAAAAUAUCAUCCACCUAUCAUUAAUUACUACUUUUCUACAAUUCUCAUGUAAUAAAGAGUAACUUUUGAGUUCCUGUUUUUAAAUCUUUUGUUACAAUUUGCAAGUAGAGAUUAAGUAUUGGUUUUCUGUAUGAUUACAUCACUGCAUUUCCUAACUUGAGCAAUAGAAGCC